GCAAACAGCCAAUUGCCCAGGCGCAUGCUCCUUACUGAUACUACGUCGUCGACUGUCACGAUGCAAUGAACGCGCCCGCCUAAUGUCGCACACUCCACUGCACCUAAAGACAAUUACGUACAAGAACAAGUGCUACUAAUACCUACUUAUGUGACGCCUGGCUUCUCUGCAGAGGCUUCAUCUCGGGACAGCGAUAUAAUAUUUCCAUAUAAUCGACAUCUCAAACUCCUCUUCGGACCAUGGCCGUCUCGCGUGGGCAGGCAGUCUGGAACGACUUGUGGACUGCGGCGCAACUGACGUUCCGGCACUCGCGGCACCAGCUCGUCCAGGCGUGGCUGUACGUGCCCGCGGGCAUCCUGGUGAUGCUGCUGGCGUGCUUCGGGGUGGAGAAGCUGUUCGCGCUGCGGUCGGUGCCGUUCCCGGCGUCGGUGGCGUGCCUCGUCAUCCUCGUCGCCGCGCUGCUCCUCGCCGAGAGGCUGCUCGGCGAGAACAGGACGCGCCGCGUCGUCGCCGUCAUCGAGGUCCCCGGCGGCUGGGCGCUGCGCUGGAUCAACGUCCUGUUCACGCCCUCCUUCGUAUUACUGCCCCUGAGCCCGGCGAUCGGGGGGAUCGAGGUGCUCAAGAUCAUCGCUGUCUUCGUCAUCGGGUUCGUCGUGAUGAUCGCGUUCGCGGCGUACCUGACGCGCGGCCUGCAGCUCGUGCUCGGGUCGUCGAAGCGGGCCGUGGCCGAGCGCGCCGAGGAGCUGCACCCGGGGAGCGCGGACGCCAUCCCGCUAGCGGCCGCGGCGCCGCCGCCCCCCGCGGACGGGUCGGCGUCGGGCUCCGCGACGGCCGUCGACGACGACGACGCGCCCUCGUCGGACGACGCGCGCGUGGUGCGGCCCCCUCCUGCUUCGCGCGGACGCGGCGCCGCCUCCGACGCCGGCCGCGGCGACGACGACCCGGCGCGUGCCGCCGCGGAGCUGCCGCCGCAGGCCCCGGUGCCGCCGGCGCGCGCGACCCGGUGGGCGGCGCGGAUGGCGGCGCACCUCGACGCGGCGCCGUACGCGGCCGCGCUCGUGCUCGCGGGCCUGCCGGCGUACUACGGCGCCGGGUACGCGAUGCCGCUGCACGCGAGCGUCAACGUGCUGGCGUACGCGGGCGCGGCGGCGCUGCCGGCGGCCUGGCAGCGCGUCCUGCACCCGGUGCUGGUGGCGUCGCUGGCGACGGUGCUCGCGCUGUGGGCGCUGGGCCUCGCGCGCGGCCAGCCCCUCGCCGCCACGCUCGCCGCCUACAAGACCGGCGCCGGCUACCAGGAGCUGUGGGGCGGCCGCCGCGGCCGCGACGCCGCGCUGCCCGGCGCCGCCGACCUGUUCGCCAGCGUGCUCGACGCCAGCAUCGUCUCCUUCGCCCUGCCCGUCUACCGCUACCGCCGCGAGCUGCGCCGCCACCUCCUCCCCAUCCUCGUCCCCAACGUCGCCAUCUCCGUCGGCUCCCUGUUCGCGUACCCCUGGGUCUGCCGCGCCGUCGGCAUCGCCGCACGCCGCGGCCUCGCCUUCGCCGCGCGCAGCCUCACCCUCGCCCUCGCCGUCCCCGCCGCCACGAACCUCGGCGGCGACGUCAACACGGCCGCCGCGCUCGCCAUCAUGAGCGGCAUCGUCGGCGUCCUCGUCGGCCGCCGCAUGCUCGCCUGGCUGAAGAUACCCGAAGACGACUACGUGACUCGCGGCGUGACGCUCGGCGCUAACUCGUCGGCCAUCGCGGCGGCGCUGCUUCUGCGCACCGACCCGCGGGCCGCGGCGCUCUCGAUCCUGUCCAUGAGCCUCUUCGGCACGAUCACCGUGCUGUUCACCUCCAUACCGCCGAUAACAGCCGCGGUGCAGUCUCUGGUGGGGCUAUAAGGGACAGCGUCGGGGUGGUAUUCUCGGCGCGCAUUCGGCUCAUUCGGCUUAAGGGGGUUUGGUUCUUCUAAUAAUACUCACGGCUGGGCGGGAGAGGCAUCGAGCAUUGGGCGUUGGGUGUGUUUGGAGUACCCUUCACCCCUAAGGGAUCUUUGUUUAGUGCUGCGACCUUGUGUACGAGGCCGUUAUGGCAGAUAGCACACGGCAUUCCUCUAUUGUGUACCUAUCUACGACAUCGAUGCUGUUCAAACAUGUAGGCAAUGGCCGUCUCGAACGCGAACGGGAGACCUUCUACGGAGCAAUACGGGCUACAUAUCCUUGGAAACAGUGGAAUCUACGGGAACACCCGUACUUGGCUCUAUCUAGAUGAUGCAUGCCGUAGCAGCUGCGCACAGGGCCCAAGACGUCUCCUAACAGCAAGGCAGAAGUAAGCGAAGAAUAGAUACCUAUCUAUCGACCUCGGAGGAUAACAAGCGUGUAUCUACCAGCCAGCGUGUGUGAAGUCGGAUGGC